UGUCGCCCGCCUCUCUCCAGGCCCUGCUAGGCCCUCGCUGUCUGUGAUCAGGAGAGAGCUGCUGAGCCCUUUGGGGUUCUGUCCCCUUGUGUCGCUGGCCCGUCACCACAGUGGAGGCUGGGAGAGCUGAAUACGGAGCACGGCCAGGCUGCCUUUAUUUCCUCCUCUCAAAACCCAGGCUACUGAAAAGGGAGGUGACCCGAAGCCACCGUCAUGGCCGUGGGGAACAUCAACGAGCUGCCCGAGAGCAUCCUGCUGGAGCUCUUCACCCACGUGCCCGCCCGCCACCUGCUGCUGCACUGCCGCCCCGUCUGCAGCCUCUGGCGGGACCUCAUCGACCUCGUGACCCUCUGGAAGCACAAGUGCCUUCGAGAGGGCUUUGUCACCCAGGACUGGGACCAGCCCGUGGCCGACUGGAAGGUCUUCUACUUCCUGUGCAGCCUCCGCAGGAACCUCCUGCACAACCCCUGUGCUGAAGAGGGGUUUGAGUUCUGGAGCCUGGAUGUGAACGGCGGGGAUGAGUGGAAAGUGGAGGACCUGUCCCAGGAGCAGAGGAAAGAGUUUCCCAACGACCAGGUCAAAAAAUACUUCGUGACUUCGUAUUACCCCUCUCCACCUGCUCCCAGCACCUGCCUCAAGUCCCAAGUGGUGGACCUCAAGGCCGAAGGGUACUGGGAGGAGCUCAUGGACACUACAAGGCCGGACAUUGAGGUCAAGGACUGGUUUGCAGCCAGGCCAGACUGCGGGUCAAAGUACCAGCUGUGCGUCCAGCUGCUGUCGUCUGCACACGCACCUCUGGGGACCUUCCAGCCAGACCCGGCGACGAUCCAGCAGAAGAGUGAUGCCAGGUCUCCCACACGUUCUCCAACUACCCACCUGGCGUCCGCUACAUCUGGUUCCAGCAUGGCGGCGUGGACACCCACUACUGGGCCGGCUGGUACGGCCCGAGGGUCACCAACAGCAGCAUCACCAUCGGGCCCGCGCUGCCCUGACAUCCCACCCCCAUCCCCGGCUACAGAACCCUAGUGGGUAAACUGCUCUCAGAGAAGGGUGGGGCCAGGGACGGGAAAAGGGUGUGCAAGCCAGGUGUGCCCAGACUUUGCCCCUAACUGCCACUUCCUCGACAGCCACACAGCAGGGCAGUGCUCCUCUGAUGCCAACCUGAGGGAUUAUGUGGCAGGCCUUGGGGGGCCUCUAGAGAUGGAGCAUCCAGGUUAAGAGAGUGCAGGGGCUCCCCCAGGCUCUGGGGGGGGGCCUCCAAAUUUAGACAGCAGCCCAUCACAGACCAGACCUGUGCCUCUGCUUGCACAUGCCCAGAGAUCUUCACCCUGAGUUCUCUGGGGCCCUUAGAGCAGGCUCAGGCAAGACGGUGCGGCUGCCUCUGACAGUGUCCAUGCUGGGCUGCAACCAGGACAGAUGUGGGAGGGAGAAGGAGAGGCCUCGGGUGUCCCCCACCCCGAUCCGCUGUGCUAUUCCUAAGUGUCCGCUGCACUCCUGUCUGCCUGGAAGAGGAGGCCGUGGUGCAGAGCCUCAGGCCUGGUCUGUGAUGGACCGGGUGGAUUCAGAGUGGGUGUGUCCAGAGGGAUACAGGUGGUUCCGAAGCCAGAUGGGCAUCAGGCGGGGCAGUGUUCUCUGGAGGGCAUGGGAGCCCUGCACAGGGUGUUCCUGGGAAUCUGGGCUGAGGAUCAGGCCCCAGUUCUGAGGGCAGGGAUGUGGGAGCCCAAAGUGAGGGGGGUGGAGGAUUUUCUGGGGCCGCCUGUCCAGCUCUGUGCCCUGAUCAGAAGCACCAUUCCCAGGAUUUCCCAGCCACCUACCUGGGUUCUGCCUCCCUCCCAGGGGAAGGACCAAACCCUACUGCAUGCGGUCAAAUAAAGGUGUUCUCAGCCCUGCUGCCCCGUGGACAGGCAGGGACAGGUCCAAA